CGCUUGCGCGUUGUCUGCCUGUUCUCCCUGUGGUAACAAUGUGCAGGUACCCCGGGGAAGGACUCUUCAGUACUUCGUACAUUGAAUAUGGCACAAGGUCCCGUCUGUGAGAGUGGCAGUGAUCUGUGGCGACGCUCCUUUCCUCCCCGCAUCGCAUCCCGGCUGCCUAUCUCAGAAUGCGACUCGAUCGUUUUGUGGACUACGUUAAGACGGGGAGCAAAUCGACCAACGUAAAGACCGCCUGUAUGCAUUCUGCGCCAUGGAAGCCUUUGGACCAAUUAUGCUGCUGCUCCUCCAAGAAGAAGAGGACGAAAAGAGGAAGGUAAAGCGCCCUAAACGUAAAAAGGAGCGCAGGGUGGCACCUCCACCAAAACCUAAACCAAAAGCCCCACCGGCAUCUGCUCCGAAACAGCACAUCCUGGGGGCCAGGAGGCCGCGUAUAUUUAGGGAACGGACCGGUUUGGAAGGAUUGACUGAUGAGGAGGUGGUGGAAAGGUACCAUCUUCCUAAAGGCGCCAUCUUGGAUUUGUAUGAGUUAAUCAGGGUGGAUAUCGACCCACUGACACAGCGGAGCCAUGCCAUCCCUGGCAUGGUGAAACUCUUAAACUGCCUGCACUUUUUCACUUCUGGAUCCUUCCAGACCAAGGCGUCUGCGGUUGGCGGCGUGUCCCAGUCGACCUUCUCUAGGUUUCUGGUGCCGGUCAUUCAGGCCUUGAAGAAACACGUUCACGUGUUUAUUGGAUUCCCCACUAACCACGCUGACUGGCAAGCCUUAAAGAGGGGGUUCUUUCAGGUUGCAGGACUCCCACAUGUUAUUGGGGCUAUAGAUUGCACUCACGUGGCCCUUUCAGCCCCCCACGAAAGAGAAGAGAUCUAUAGAAAUAAAAAAGGCUACCAUUCUGUAAAUGUACAAGUGAUUGCAGACAGCAACUGCAGGAUCUUAAGUUUGUUUUCUGCGUUUCCAGGAAGCUCUGACGAGUCUUUUAUUUUAAGGCAGUCUUCUGUUUACGAAGGAUUCGAGGGUGGCAGGAUCGGUGGAGGGUGGCUGGUCGGAAGCACGAGUUACGAGUCUCGCCCGUGGCUGUUGACGCCGGUUCUGGAUCCGAGCACAGACUCAGAAAAGGCCUACAACGAAGCGCACUCUCGAACCCGCUCUGUGAUCGAUAAGACGUUCAAGCUCUUAAAAACACAGUUCAAGUGCCUGAACAAAUCCGGCGGCGGACUUCAGUACGAUCCGACCAAAGUGUCCGAUAUAAUUGUGGCUUGUUGUAUUUUACACAACAUUGCCGUGCAGCACAACAUCCCAACCAGAGCUGAGGUCCAGAAAAAUGAGAGAGCCCUGGAGAUGCCUAAAACCGAGCCGGAGCUCCAGGGCAGCUCACAAGCUGUACGAUCCAGAGUAAUCAGGGACUACUUCUCAUAGUACAUUUUUAUUAUUAUUUUUUUUUAAAUGUUUUUAUCUUUUUUGUUAGAAAAAAAAUUCUGAACGAGUUUAGAAAAAUAUUUCAAUCAUAGCAAUUUAG